CCUGAGUCAGCAUGGCGGCGCCCGUGUAACCCUGUCCGUACGCGAAAGAGACAGCGGUCGAGGCUCGAGUCCUGGGGUUGGGAGUCAGAGUCACAAUGCUGAGGACCGUGUGGAGGGCGCUGAGUUCGAUUCGAACUCAGGCCCCAGUCCUUGGGCUGCUGGGCAGAGAAAGCGCCAGGCUUCCGUCCAGCCAGUGGGGCCUGCAGCCUCGAAGUGAGGAGCUGGGAAAUGGGACGGCGAGGGUAGGGAAAUGGGAUUCGGCAAGAAUAGAGCAUACUAGGGGACCAGGUCUCCUCCUCCAGGCCGCCCGCGGACACGCCAUCCAGAAACCAGUCCAGCCCAGCCAAGAGGAUGACCCUGCCCCUUCCACACUGCUCAAAGACUACCAGAACGUCCCUGGAAUUGAGAACGUUGAUGAUGUCGUGAAAAGACUGUUAUCUUUGGAAAUGGCCAACAAGAAGGAGAAGCUAAAAAUCAAGCAAGAACAGUUGAUGAAAAAGGUCGGGGCAAACCCUGAAGACACCAGAUCUCUGGAGGCUCGAAUUGUUGCCUUGACCGUCAAGAUACGCAAUUAUGAAGAACAUAUGCAGAAACAUCGAAAGGACAAAACUCACAAACGCUAUUUGCUGAUGGGCAUCGACCAGAGAAAAAAGAUGCUCAAAAACCUCCGUAAAACCAACUAUGAUGUCUUUGAGAAGACAUGCAGGGAGCUGGGAAUUGAGUACACUUUUCCCCCUCUGUAUUACCGAAGAGCCCAUCGCCGAUUCGUGACCAAGAAGGCUCUGUGCAUUCGGGUUUUCCAGGAGGCUCAAAAGCUGAAGAAACAAAAAAAGGCUUUAAAAGCUGCAAAAGCAGCAGCUCGAAAACAAGAUCAGAGGAACCUAGAGAGCCCUCCCCAAGCCUUCCCAGAGGCACUCAAAGAAAACCAAUAAAUUCUGAGCCAGGUGCAGCGACUCAACAUAUGUAAUCCUAGCACCUUGGGAGACUAAGGCAGGAGGGUUACUUGAAGCCAGGAGUCUGAGACCAGCCUGGCCAAAUAGCAAGACUCCAUCUCUACAAAAAAAUUUUUUAUUAGUUGAGUUUGGUGGCACAUACCUAUAAUCCCAGCUAUUUUGGAGGCUGAACCAGGAGGAUUGCUUGAACCCAGGAGUUCAAGGCUACAGUAAGCAAUGCUCAUGCCACUGCACUCUAAGUGACAGAGCAAGACUCUAUCUCAAAAAUAAAAGAAAACAAAUAAAUUCUGUUAAAAUUA